AUGCUUCUCGCCGCCUUCAUUUCGCUCCUGCUCACUGUGCAUGAGGUUCUCGCCAAGAUAGACCGCAAAGCAGUUGUUGAACAGUUCAACCCCAAGCGAACAGCUUCCGACACUUCGACGCCUCUUCAGGUGGGCAAUGGAGACUUCGCGUUUGGGGCAGACAUUACUGGGCUGCAGACCUUUCUGCCGUACAACACUUUGACUGCCUGGUGUUGGCACAACUCCUCCUUGCCAACCACGCCAAACCAGACUCAACCAUCCGACUACACAGGCCUCGAUUUAUGGACGCAUGGCAGACUCGUCAACUAUAACCAGCCCAAUCCCAAAGAGGCAGACAUAACGCGAUGGAUGAUUGCCAAUCCACACAGAGUGAAUGUCGGUCGGCUGGGACUCUGGUUUGGCGAUCAUGGCGUGAACGAGACUCAUUUGGAGGACAGAAGCCAGGUGUUGCAUUUGUACAAUGGCACCAUAUACUCAUCAUUCCGAUUGAAUGGAAGCGAGGUGAAUAUCAGAACAAUAGCCGAUCCGGCUUCGUCGACAGUCGCUGUAAGCAUUGAUUCGGACCUGCUCAGAGAUGCAUCAAUCGGGAUUUUUCUCGACUUCCCGUACGCUACCGACAAGGCCAAGUUUGAGGCCCCUUUUGUUGGUCUAUUUAACGCCACAGCCAAUCAUACCACCAAUAUAGUCCAACAAAACCCGCAGCAGGCUCGCGUGGAGCAUAAUAUGGAUGCAACCACGUAUUACACCACCGUGCAGUGGAAUCAGCAAUCCGCGACGUUCUCACGAGAAAGCCCACACGAUCACAAAUACAUUCUCAAGCCUCGAGAUACGACUUCUCUACAUCUUACAGUAUCAUGGCAUCCCGAAUAUGAGGGCGCAACUUCGACUCCCUCAGUCGACUCUAUAAGCUCGGACAGCGCCAAGGCUUGGGCGAACUUUUGGGAGCAAGGAGCAUUCAUUGAUUUGACGUGCUCCAAAAAUGCCACUGCAAUUGAAUUGCAACGCCGCAUCAUUCAGUCGCUUUAUAAUCUCGCCGUCAACAACGCCGGCUCCGAUCCACCUCAGGAAUCAGGCCUGGUCAAUAACGGCUGGUACGGCAAGUUUCACGCUGAGAUGUUCCCUUGGAACGUAGGACAAUGGGCUCGUUGGGACAGAUGGGAUCUCUUCCGUCGCUCGAUGCCUGGCAUCUACGAACGCUUUCUGCCGACGAGCAUUGAAAGGGCUCGAAAAGCGGGAUACAAGGGCGCAAAAUGGGGCAAGAUGAGCGAUCCCUCUGGUCGUAGUGCGCCGGGAGACUUGAACAGUCUACUUAUCUGGCAACAGCCACACCCAAUGCACCUCGCCGAAUACGAAUGGCGAUCGUUCCCGCACGAUGGAACUUUGGCGAAAUGGGAUAACAUCUUGAAAGAGACUGCCGACUAUCUCUCGGACUUUGCUUACUGGAACGAGACCACUGGAGUCUACGAUCUUGGGCCGCCAAUGUAUCCAGUGAGUGAGAACACGAUUGCCAACGAGACUCGGAAUGCGGCGUUUGAAAUUGCAUACUGGCGUUUCGCGCUUGAUGUCGCGCUCAAGUGGCAGGCAAGGCAAGGUAAACAAGCACCGAAGAAAUGGCGGGAUGUGAUGAAUCGCCUCGCGCCUCUACCACAAGACGACGGAGUUCAUGUCAUCUACGAAGGCAUACCUGACAUGUGGCACAAUAAGAACUACACGGAAGAUCACCAAAGCAUGCUGAUGCUCUAUGGCUGGCUUCCACCAGUGGCUGGCUUCAACAUUUCCGUCAUGCAAGCGACCGUCGACAAGGUCUAUGGGACUUGGAAUUUUACGUAUUCUUACGGAUGGGACUUUCCAGUACUGGCCAUGAACGCCGCCAGAAUGGGCCAUGUGGAGAAAGCAAUUGACUUUCUAGUCGAUCCUUCAUUCAAGUUCGACGACGCUGGUUAUCAUAUUGGCGGACCGCGUGUGGCCACGCCCUAUAUGCCAGGGGCCUCAAGUUUACUCUGGGCGAUUGCGAUGAUGGCUGGUGGUUGGCAGGACAAUCCAGGGCCACGGUUUCCUGAUCAGUGGAAGGUUGAGGUCGAGGGGUUUCAAGCUGCGAUUUGA